ACUAACGAACUAUCUGCUCGAGUCACAACUCGUGAGACGACGUCUUCUUAUUUAUUACUCGGUUUCUUCUUCUGCUCGUCAGUCCGGAGGUUGAGUUAAGAUGCCUUGUGAGAGGAAGCCGAUGCGCUACGGCCACUCGGAGGGACACACCGAGGUCUGCUUCGAUGACUCCGGGAAGUUCAUUGUAACCUGCGGGAAUGAUGGAGAUGUUCGUAUAUGGGAGGGUCUGGACGACGACGAUCCAAAGUUCAUCACCGUGGGGGAGAAGGCGUACUCACUCGCGCUCAAGAACGGCAAGCUGGUGACGGCGAGCUCCAACAACACGGUGCAGAUCCACACGUUUCCCGACGGCGAUCCGGACGGCAUCCUGACCCGGUUCACCACCAACGCCACACACGUCGCCUUCAACAGCAGCGGCUCCAGAGUCGCUGCCGGGUCCAGUGACUUCAUGGUGAAGGUGGUGGAGGUGUCGGACAGCAGCCAGCAGAAAACGCUCCGAGGCCACGAAGCGCCCGUCCUCAGUGUCACCUUUGACCCCAAAGAUGACUUCCUGGCGUCCGCCAGCUGCGACGGCUCCGUGGUGGUUUGGAAUAUCGAGGAGCAGUCUCAGCUGAUCAGUUGGCCUCUGCUGCAGAAGACCAAUGACGUCAGCAAUGCAAAGUCUCUGUGUCGGCUGGCCUGGCAGCCCUCGACAGCAAAGUUUUUAGCGGUUCCUGUGGAGACGAAGGUGCACCUGUACGAGCGAGGGACCUGGGAUCAUGUGAGCACGCUGUCCGAUGAUCUGCAGACACAGCUCAUCAACGUGGUGGCCUGGUCUCCGUGCGGUCGGUUCCUGGCGGCCGGCAGCGUCGGGGGUGCGCUGACGGUGUGGGACGUGAACAGCAAGCUCUGCGUUGAAAGGCAGAAGCACGAGAAGGGCUUCACGGUGUGCGGUUUGGCCUGGAACCCGUCAGGCAGCCAGGUGGCCUACACAGACACAGAGGGCUGCCUGGGUCUGCUGGACGGACUCGGCACCUCCACCUCCACCAGCACCAAGCAGGCGCCAACGAAAAAGACGGCGAAAAACUACGACGACCUGUUUGAUGAUGACGAUGAUGGCCGACUCAUGGAUGAAGGGCUGAGCGACACCAACUCGCCGGUUAAGAAACCCGUCGGCAGGGGGGGCGAUGAUGACGACGACGACGACUUCCUCGUGCCUGCGACGGGGCGGGUGAGGAACCGAGGGGCGAUCCUGGACGAUGAGAACUCGCUGGACACCGGCUCGCUGAAGGUCGGUUGGGACAAAUUCGGGGACGAUGAGGACAGCAGCGCCGCCGCUCUGGCCGCCCCCCCGCUGGGUCCCCUUCGUCCCGUCUAUGAGGGACCGCUGCCCACGCCCCCCCAGAAGGCCUUUCAGCCGGGCUCCACCCCGGCUCACCUCACGCACCGCUUCAUGAUGUGGAACUCGGUGGGAAUCGUUCGAGGCUACAACGACGAGCAGGACAACGCCAUUGACGUGGAGUUUCACGACACCGCCGUGCACCACGCCAUGCACCUCACCAACUCGUUGGGUCACAGCGUGGUCGAUCUUUCCCAGGAGGCCGUGCUGCUGGCCUGCCCCAGCACGGAUGAGCUCGCCAGUAAGCUCCAGUGCUUCCACUUCUCAUCCUGGGACACCAAUAAGGAGUGGAUGGUGGACCUGCCGCCGGGCGAGGACGUGCGGGCGCUGUGUCUCGGUCAGGGCUGGGCGGCGGUCGCCACCAGCGCGCUGAUGCUCAGACUCUUCUCCAUCGGAGGAGUGCAGAGGGAAAUCUUCAGCCUGCCGGGGAACGUGGUCUGUAUGGUCGGACACGGAGAGCAGCUGCUCAUCGUCUACCACCGGGCUCCAGGUUUUGACGGGGAACAAGCUCUGGGAGUCCAGUUGCUGCAGAUCGGUGGAAGGAAGAAGCAGCUCAUGAACGGCGAGCCGCUCCCUCUGUCUCACAGGUCCCACCUGUGCUGGCUGGGAUUCACUGCCGAGGGGACCCCGUGCUAUGUGGACUCGGAUGGAGUCGUCCGGAUGCUGAACCGUUCUCUCGGCAACACUUGGACACCAGUGUGCAACACCAGAGAAACCUGCAAAAGCAAGUCAGACCACUACUGGGUGGUCGGGAUACACGAGAACCCUCAGCAGCUCAGGUGUAUUCCAUGCAAAGGCUCCAGGUAUCCUCCCACGCUGCCCAGACCGGCUGUGGCCAUCCUGCCCUUCAAGCUGCCUCUGUGUCAGACCUCCACAGAGAAAGGACUGAUGGAGGAGCAGUACUGGCGUUCGGUCCUUUUCCACAACCACUUCAGCUUCCUGUCGUCCAGCGGCUACGAGGUGGACGAGGACGGACGGACUCAGUCCCAGAAGGAGCAGCAGGAGCUGCUCAUGAAGAUGUUCGCACUGUCCUGUAAGCUGGAGAGAGAGUUCCGCUGCGUGGAGCUGGCAGAGCUCAUGACCCAGAACGUGGUGACUCUGGCCAUUCGGUACGCGUCGCGCUCCAGACGCAUGGCGCUCGCCCAGCGGCUCAGCGAGAUCGCCCUGGAGAAGGCCAACCAGAUCCAGGAGGAAGAGCCGGAGGAACAGGAAGAAGAGCCGGAACACGCCGCCGUCAGACGGCCCUCUGGGUACGAGGUCACGGGAGGACGUCAACGGGAGGAGGAAGAGGAGCGAGUAGAAGAGCUCAGGGAGGAAGAGGAGGAGGAUGCACAGGAGAUGGAGACGGGCGAGGAAGCAGAAACCAGAAAACGCCUGACUCCGUUUGUUAAAGAAGCUGCUUCGCCGGUGAUUCCUUCUCUCACUCCAAUUGGUAAAGUUGGACGUGCGAAUCCUUUUAAGGUCCUCGGUUCGGGGACGCCCUCCUCUUCGUCGGCUCAGCCUCGCGUGACGAACAUCUUGGACAACAUGACGUCCGGCAGGAAGUCGUCUCCACUCAGCGGCUCUGCAGGGAAACAACACAAAGGCCCCGUCCUCAAACCGCUGGCCCCCAGGGCCAAAGCCAAGACUCAGUCCACUCUGCUGCAGAUGACGAGCACAAAGAAGAAGACUCAGGAGAUCACACCGCCGGCUGCAGAGCAGCCGAAACCAGCAGAAGCCCCGCCUCCAGCCUCACCGGCAGACAACACUGAAAAUAAGAGGCCGAAGACGGGCUUCCAGUUCUGGCUGGAGGAGAACAGGAAGAGCAUCACUGCUGACCACCCAGACCUGGAGGAGACGGACGUCAUCAAAGAGGCCAUGGGGCGCUUCAGGACGCUGUCGGCAGAGGAAAGACUGUCGUGGACGGAAAGAGCAAAGGGCCAAACUGGAGACGCAGAUCUGAAGAAGAGGAAGAGAGCUGAAGGAGGAGGAGGAGGAAAUGAACAUGGACAGGCGGAAGCAGAUGAAAAUAGUGCCAAGAAGAAGAAAUCUUUGGACCCCUCCGCCAAGCUUUCUGCAUUUGCUUUUAACAAAAACUAAACAUUUUAAAUCAUUUUUUUUUGUUCAUGUGUGAAAACUGUCGAUGUUGUUAAAUGUGUUCUUUGAGGCGCUUGAUGAGAACAUGUGAAGCCCUUCAGAGGCCUUCAGUGACUCUUCAGAUGGACCUUCAUCAACAGUGGAGCCUC